AUGGUCCAUGAUGGAGUUGUGAGGUAUUCCACUGAUUAUGGCAUGUUUCGAUUCUGCAUAGCUGAUACAGAACACGAUUGGAGAGAGGGAACGGAGCAAUUUAACUUCAUUCAGCACUGUCUGGCAUCCGUUGAUAGACAAAAACAACCGUGGCUGAUCUUCCUUGCGCAUCGAGUAUUGGGUUAUUCUUCUGCUGAUUGGUAUGCUGAUGAAGGAUCCUUCGAGGAACCAAUGGGGAUGGAGAGUCUUCAGAAACUUUGGCAGAAGUACAAGGUUGACAUAGCCAUUUAUGGCCAUGUACAUAACUAUGAGAGGACAUGUCCCAUUUACCAGAACAUUUGCACGAAUGAAGAGAAGCACUAUUAUAAGGGCAGCUUGAAUGGGACAAUUCAUAUAGUUGCUGGGGGCGGUGGAGCAAGCCUUGCGGACUUCACUAGCCUUCAAACCAAGUGGAGUGUCUUCAAAGACCAUGAUUAUGGAUUCGUAAAACUCACUGCAUUCGACCAUUCAAACCUUUUGUUGGAGUACAAGAAAAGCAGGGAUGGGAAUGUUUACGACUCAUUCAGAAUAUCACGGGAUUAUAGAGACAUCCUGGCCUGCACUGUGGACAGUUGCCCGAGUACAACACUGGCAUCUUGAGUUUUAAAUGCCCUUCCCUUGCACACUGAAUGUUAAUUUCACAACUUGGUCAUGUGUAGUGUGAUCUAUGCAAACAAUUGUUAGGUAAUUACAUAGUGGACACAAGUUUGUCAAGGUUAACCAUCAUGUUGCAUACAAUAUGAACAUAUAAAGCGUGUAGAUCACGACAGAUUUACUGGCAUUUAGCCAAUGCUUCACUUGGCUCUGGACAGGUGUAGAGCGUGUAGACCUUGGACUUUUAAGUUGUAACAUAACAAUGGCUAUAUUAGGGUUAUUAGGGGGCAUUUCCCUAAAUAAGCCAAAAUAAUAAAGGAAUUCUUAAACUAA